UCCUGCUACUCCUGCUGACUCCGGAGCAGCUAAACUGAGUGGGGGAAGCGGCAGCAGCUUCUCUGUGGAAAGUAAACAAGUGUUAUGUUGCCCCUUGCGGCAGCAAAGCUGUAUAACACUACACAGAGUGGGGGAAACAGGGAGCACCGCUUCACCUCGGUCUUCAAGGUGCCAAAUCCUUCUGAAAGCCUGCACUACCACUUUCCCCUAACAGGAGCCUUUUUUGUCUCGGCGGAAAACAACAUGGCCGACGCUGCAGUCCAGUCCGACGGAAGAAGCGGCGGGAUUGUGAUUAACGAUGACUGGUCAGGCUACAGUUUAGACCAUUUAAGCUAUCCAGCUCACUACUCCGGAGAUUUAGACUGUGUCAUGAUUCCGCAUGGGGUGAUUAUGGACAGGACAGAACGUCUGGCUCGAAACAUCAUGGACGACCUGGGGGACCAUGACAUCGUGGUACUGUGUGUGCUGAAAGGAGGCUACCAGUUCUGUGCCGACCUGUUGGACAGGAUCAAGGCUCUUAGCCGCAACUCCAACCACACAAUCCCCAUGAGGGUCCACUUCAUCCGUCUCAAGAGCUACCUGAAUGACCAGUCGACAGAGGAUCUCCACAUACUGGGAGCAGAGGAUUUGUCUUUUUUAGCUGGAAAGAAUGUACUGAUCGUGGAGGCCAUUGUAGGCACCGGAAAGACAAUGAAGACUCUCCUGAAGCAUGUUGAAGCCUUCAGGCCCAAAAUGAUCAAAGUAGCAGGAUUGCUGGUGAAGAGAGUGCCACAUAACUCAGCAUGUCUUCCUGACUAUGUCGGCUUUGAGAUACCCAAUCGGUUUGUGGUUGGAUAUGCUUUAGACUACAAUGAGUAUUUUAGAGACCUAAAUCAUAUCUGUGUGAUCAGUGAAAGUGGGAAGAUGAAAUACAAGAUUUAAAAAAAGGACUGCAAAAGAGGCGACUGUCACACAGAUGUCAUCUAACAGCAAGCCUAAACAUUUUCCCUGUGAUGCUAUUCACUUAAAGCUGCUAUCGUGACAUUUGAUCUCAAGCUUCCCUUAUUUUGUUAUAACAUUCCUUCUAUGAAACGUGUAUCUGUUUUAACAAUAGACACUGACAUUUACCUGGUAAUUUUAGCAAAGCUAGUACAUGCUUUACCAUGUUUAACAGUUGCAUCCUUAUUCUUCGUGUUUACAGAACUGAUUCACAAGGAAAAUGUUUAAUGCUAGGGUAGUGUUACUGUUUGCCUUGGUUGGUUUGACUCUAACACAAAUGCAUCUCAGUUUUACUUCUUGUAUGCAAUGUAAAGAACUUGAUAAUCAUGACCUGUAUGAAUGUGAUUUUUUUAAGUCUGUGUGUGAUGAGGUAACAAAGGAAAGAAAGUAGUUUUUUAUUAGGAAAUUAUUGGUAGAGGUUUACAUUUUCUUCACCUGUACAUUGCCCUUUUGAUGUUUCAUUAGGUAGUUCUCCUGCUGUCACCUUUUAAUGCUCAGGGGCACACAAAGUAGUUUUGUAAACACCAAGUGCGCUAACUAUACCUCUUUUUGUUUUGUCAGUAUUUGAGAUGAAGUGGGAUAAUUUUGUCAUUUCUGUAUUUCCUUUUAUAAUUUAACAUAUUCGUAAAGUAUUUUUAACAUUUAUGUUCUGUGUUAUCUAUCACUGCAUUAUUGUCACAUUCUCUGUUGACUUUUCAGACGUUGAUAAAAUUUGUUUAAAGCGGUGUCUUGGUUGAGCUCAAGAUAGAAAAACCUUGUGUACCUCACAUGUUUUUCUUUAGCUGAUGAUAUACAGUACAAAGGAGGGCUCUGGGUCAUUGAAACAUCAUGUUCAAUGGCAUGUUUUAAUAAUUUCUUUUUAUACAAUCCUUACGUGUUUUAUGGUAUUAAGCUGCUCUGGUUUUAAGACUGGCCAAAGCUGCAUGCUGAAACAUCAGGUUACCAUUCUUUUGUAUUAAAAAAUAGGUAAACUUCAAAUGAACUAGUAAAAGGAACAAAAGAGAGUCCAUUGUGUUGAGCUGCUGUGCUCUUUGUACACACCUGACAUAUGACUCCCAGCAGGGAACACAAAGUGCCAUAAAGACAAAAUAGUUUUUUGUUGGUACUGAGGUCUGCUGGAGAUUAGUGACUUGACUCUGACCUUUUUAAGAAAAUGUAUCUCCAAGAA